CGUCCGUUUUGUUUGGUUGCUGUUAGCAGCAAGAUGGCGGCUCCCUGCCCGGCGCUCACACCCUGAUUUCUGCAUAGUGAAGUGCAGCUUUCAGCCUCCACUGAGCUCCGUCACACUGUUGCAUGGAGCAACCGUUUAUCUUAUUUACCUGCAGCUGGACGUGCCUGAUUAUUUCUGCGUGAUUUCGUUGUUAGCCUUCCUCCAGACUGCAGAGCGUUACCCAGGCUAAGAUGGCGGACUGUGCGAUGCAGAGCCUCGGCUAACGGCAGCACGUUGAUCCGUUAACCGGAGACCGAACCACCGGAGAAGCUUUGUGUUUAUUCUGCUGGAUUACAGCCCGAGUGACGGACUUAAUCACUGGUGGAAACUCCUUCUGGAAAGGCUCGGUAGCUACAAAGACGAACUCCAUUAGACUAGCCGGCUAAUUAGCAUAGAAGCUAGCUGGGAGGCUAAUGCUAGCCCAGAGCCGCUGCUAGGGUCGGGCUGAUUUAAACUCUGAAUUCUCUGGACUGUGGUGCUGUUUUUCUGUCUCCCCGCUCACCGGGACACUCACACUCUUACUCCGGCGCCAUGGACACGGAGCCCGGGAGCCCCGCGGUGCUACAGCCCCGCUGGAAGCGCGUCCUGGGAUGGAGCGGCCCUGUGCCGCGACCCCGGCACGGACACCGGGCUGUGAGCAUUAAAGAGCUGAUGGUAGUGUUUGGAGGAGGAAACGAGGGCAUCGUGGACGAGCUUCAUGUCUACAACACAGCUACCAACCAGUGGUUCAUCCCGGCUGUUCGUGGAGACAUCCCGCCUGGAUGUGCUGCUUACGGUUUUGUGUGUGACGGGACGAGGCUGCUGGUGUUUGGAGGGAUGGUGGAGUACGGGAAGUACAGCAAUGACCUGUACGAGCUGCAGGCGAGUCGCUGGGAGUGGAAACGUCUGAAGGCCAAGGCCCCGAAGAACGGCCCGCCUCCCUGUCCUCGCCUCGGACACAGCUUUUCUCUGAUUGGAAACUUCUGCUACCUGUUUGGAGGACUGGCCAAUGACAGUGAAGACCCUAAAAACAACAUCCCCAGGUAUCUGAACGACCUGUACUGUCUGGAGCUGAGGCCGGGCUCCAGCGUGGUCGGUUGGGAGAUCCCUCAGACCUCGGGUCAGCCGCCACCCCCCAGAGAGAGUCACACCGCCGUGGUGGCGAGUGGCCGUGGAUCCAACAGACUCAUCAUCUAUGGAGGCAUGAGCGGCUGUAGGCUAGGGGACCUGUGGGUGCUGCACAUAGAUUCUAUGACGUGGACUAAACCAGCUCUUGGUGGAACCGCCCCCCUUCCCAGGAGCCUGCACUCUGCCACCACCAUAAAAAACAAGAUGUACGUGUUUGGAGGUUGGGUUCCUCUGGUGAUGGAUGACGUGAAGGUGGCGACUCAUGAGAAGGAGUGGAAGUGUACCAACACGCUGGCCUGCCUUAAUCUUGACACAAUGUGCUGGGAGACCGUUCUGAUGGACAGCCUGGAGGAGAAUGUCCCCAGAGCUCGAGCGGGUCACUGCAGUGUGGCCAUCAACUCCAGACUCUUCAUCUGGAGUGGCAGAGACGGAUACAGGAAGGCCUGGAACAACCAGGUGUGCUGCAAGGACCUGUGGUACCUGGAGACAGAGCGCCCCGUUGCCCCCUCCCGGGUUCAGCUUGUCCGGGCGAACACGACGUCCCUGGAGGUGAGCUGGGGGCCGUCCCAGACCGCAGACACCUACGUGCUUCAGCUACAAAAGUACGACAUUCCCGCCACACCUGCCGCCACCUCACCUGUCUCCAGCAGCACCCCCAACCUUACCCCCUCAGCAACUCCUGUAGCAAAGAGCCCCGCCCCCAUGGCCACAACACCGACCAAUCAAUCUGUCCCUCUGUCUGGCAUCACGCUGCUGCCCUCCCCCACCGCUUCUGUACCCGGAAGCCCAUUGGCUGCUGCAGCAAAAGGCCAAGCAGUCCUGAAGGUGGCAGCAGCUCCAGGAACAGGAGGCGGAGCUUCUAUCGUCACUGUGAGGCAGGCCACACCAAAAUCUCCUGUCGCUGUGACAACGCUUCCCGCGGGAGUUCGGAUGGUCGUACCCGCUCAGGCCGGCCAGGCGACGCCACAAGGGGGCGGUACUCAGAUGAGCGGCAUGGCGGCUCUGGCGGCGGCAGCUGCAGCCACUCAGAAGAUCCCGCCGUCUACAGCGGCGAUGCUGAACGUCCCUCCGGGAGCAACACUCGUAAAAACGGUUUCUGUGAGCCCAGGACCUGGGAGUCUUCCUGCCAAACAGGCUGGCUCUGUUACCAUGGUAGCAAACCCAGCCACCCGCAUCCUGAAGACUGCUGCUGCUCAGGUGGGCGGAGCCUCUGUUGUCUCUACCCCUGGCACUCCAGGCCGACCAAUCAUCACGGUACAUAAAUCUGGUACUGUGACGGUCUCCCAGCAGGCUCAGGUGGUCACCACGGUGGUAGGCGGAGUUACAAAGACCAUCACGCUGGUCAACAGUCCCCUCAGUGUGGGAGGAGGAGAGGCUUUGCUCGGUAACCUAGGUAACCUGGGGAAGAUGGUGGUCCAGACCAAACCAGUGCAGAGUGGAGCCAUGGCUGGUCAGACUGGUAGCAGCCCCGUCACUCAGAUCCUUCAGACGAAGGGGCCCCUCCCAGCAGGAACCAUCCUGAAGCUGGUGUCAUCAGCUGACGGGAAGCAGACGACCCUCCUCAGCACCGCCCAGGCCGGCUCCACCAAACCCACCAUCCUCAGCGUCGCCCCUGGAGCAGGAACCAAACCAGGAACCACCAUCAUCAAGACCAUCCCUGUGUCCGCUUUGCAAGGGGGAGCAGGUGGGAACAGUCCAAUCACAAUCCUCACCACCAAGAUGGUCACACCUGGAAGUGCCGGAAAAAUCCUCACCACGGUUCCGAAGAUCGGCUCAGGUGGCCAGCAGGGACUCACACAGGUGGUCUUAAAAGGAGCUCCAGGAACUCCAGGUACGAUCCUGAGGACCGUCCCUAUGGGCGGAGUCAGACUGGUGUCACCCGGAGCUGUCGGCUCCAAACCCACUGUGACCACACUAGUCGUCAAGGGAACCACAGGUGUGUCAAGUCUGGGGACAGUAACAGGAAGUGUUUCCAACUCUCCAGCAGGUGGCGCUGCCUCAAACGCCUCCCUGGCAACACCCAUCACCACCUUAGCAACCAUUGCUACACUGGCUGGCAAGGUCACCACGGCAACUGCAGCAGCAGCUGGACCCAAACAGGUAACUCUGAUCACAACUCCAAGUGGGGCCGAGUCUUUGGUCCAGGAUCUGCCUGUCUCCAUCAUGGCGUCCCCAACAUCAGAAGAACCAGGAAGUACUACGAGUACCACGACUACGACUACAAGUACUGCAGGAGGAGAAGGAGGAGAUGCUGCAGAAAAUACAGUAAUGCUGGUCUGCUCCAACCCCCCGUGUGAGACCCACGACACCGGCACCACCAACACCGCCACAGUGGCCACAGCAUCCAUGGGUGGUACUGACAGAGUCUGCUCCAACCCACCGUGUGAGACCCACGAGACAGGAACCACCAACACCGCCACAGUCGCCACAGCCAGUAUGGGCGGUACAGACCGAGUCUGCUCCAACCCGCCAUGUGAGACCCACGAGACAGGAACCACCAACACUGCCACCACUGCCGCUGCCAACAUGAACCAACCGCCACAGGUGAGCUCCAACACGUGCUCCAACCCACCGUGUGAGACUCAUGAGACGGGAACCACCAACACCACCACCACAGCAGGAGCUCGACUACUCACACAGGUGUGUUCAAACCCGCCCUGUGAGACUCACGAGACGGGAACGACCAACACGGCGACCACAGCAGGAGCAGGAGGACUUACACGGGUGUGCUCAAACCCACCCUGUGAGACCCACGACACCGGGACCACCAACACCGCCACCACUGCCACAGCUCAGCAGGGUGGAGACUCCACAGAAUCACCCUCUUCCUCAGACCCCACCCCUUCCACAGCUAACCAGAGCAGAGCUGUUACUACGGUGACACAGGCCACACCCACACCUGGACCUUCCAUACCAGAGAUCUCCUCCCUGGUUGGAGAGGGCCGCGCCGAGUCGUCGGAGGCGGAGGCUGUCGCUAUCAUGACAGAAACAGCAGAAGAAGGGGAGGAGCCUAUGCAGACUGACAGCCAACCAGGUCAUGUGAUGUCAUCAGAAGCUUCAGUGUUGCAGGUCCACAUGGAGGACGGCGAGGCGGCUCAGAUGACCUCAGACGGCGGUCUUCCUCAGGAGCUGAUGUCUUCAGAAGGAGCGACCCUGAUGGUGACGGGACUGACCCCAGAUCAGCUGGCUGUUACCACGGGAGCAGAUGAUGCUGUUCAACAGGCGACCAUUCAGGCUGUGCUGCAGGCGGCGGGACACAUCGGUGAGGAUCAGCCCAUCGUGCUGACUCAGCAAGAUCUGGCCGUUCUGGUUCAGCAGCAGCUUCAGGAAGUCCAGAACCAACCAGAGCCAGAACCUGAACACAGCAGCCUGCCCACAGAGGGCCUUGCCCCAGCUGACAGCCUGAAUGACCCAGCAGCCGAGAGUAACGGACACGAACUGGCAUCAUCAGCUGUGAACAGUGCCGUGGCCCGACUGGCCAGUACGUUUGGCCCCACCCCUCAGAUGACCGCCGUCCCUGUUGUUAAGAUUGAGGCAGCUGCUCCGACCACUGAGGUGGCCAACGGCAGCGCUGCUCCUGCAGGGAAGCCAAAUGUGGUGAUGAAGUCAUCAGCGAAGGAGAGCCAAUGGUACGACGUCGGCAUCGUCAAGGUGACCAACAUGGUGGUGACGCAUUACUACGUCCCCUAUGGAGACAACAUCGACGAUGACUCAGGUGCGGUACCUGACUACAGUCAGAUGAAGAGGGUGGAGCUUCAGCCGGGGACGGCGUAUAAGUUCCGUGUGGCGGGGAUCAACAUCUGCGGCCGCGGAGCGUUCUCCGAGGUGUCGGCAUUUAAAACGUGUCUGCCUGGUUUCCCCGGAGCGCCAUGUGCCAUCAAAAUCAGCAAGAACAUGGACGGGGCUCAGCUCACCUGGGAGCCUCCUGCUGUCACGGCAGGUAAGAUCACAGAGUACUCCGUGUACCUGGCCAUCCAGUCCAGCCAGGCAACCCCGGCCUCAGGGUCCGGCCCCGCCCAGCUGGCUUUCAUGAGGGUGUACUGCGGCUCCAGCCCGUCCUGUCUGGUCCAGGCGUCGAGCCUUGCUAAUGCGCACAUCGACCACACCACCAAACCCGCCAUCAUCUUCCGCAUCGCCGCACGCAACCAGAAGGGCUAUGGGCCCGCCACGCAGGUCCGGUGGUUACAAGAGAGCAGUAAAGAAGCCAAACCAGCCGUGAAGAGACCCGGAGUGUCUCCUGACUUCAAACCUGUCGGACCAAAGAAGUUCAAAACUGACCAAUAAGAUCAGCUGAAGCUCUUCUGAAGACUCUGAUUGGUUCCUGUUUUCUUCAUCUCCGAGCAGCUGGUUACCACGGCAACAGGACAGAGGCGGUCCUCUAACAACAUAAAAGACUUGUAGAAUACCUGUACAUUAUCGACCAAUCAGAAUGCUUUCCUUGGUUUUCAUGGAGACGGGAAGGGGCGGAGUCAGAAAUUUGGCUUAAUGGAAACAAUAAAGUUUGAGUUUAUUACCGUAGAUGUAGCUCUCUCUCUCUCUCUUACCGUCUGUUGCUCGCCCUCCCUCUGAUGUCAGGAAAAAGGUCAAAGGUCACAGAGCUAGCAGAGCGAGGGCGGGACUUAUGUAAAUUAUUUUCUGUAGCGUCAAAAUAUUUUUUUUAUAAUGUCUGGAAAGUUCUUCUUCUAUGGUUUUUGUUUCUUCUACGGUUUCUCUUUUCUUUUCUGUGGUUCUUCUUCUGUUGAUGGAAUGUUUGUUGGCCGCAGUGACGCAGCUCAGCCAUUGGUCGUUUGCCUGAGCAGGAAGUGAAAGUUUUUCAGCUGUUGGAAUGAACCCUGUUUGUGAAUAUUCUCUGGAACAAUAAAGUUUUUUAGAGCAUUUUUUA